AUGUCUCGUUUCCUUCCCCUCCGACCCCUCCGUGCCCCGCGCCCAGCUCUCACACCCAUUCGCCCCUACUCUUCAAGCUUCCUCCAAAACUCACCCGCCCCCCCCCGUCUCCCGGCCGAUCAACAAGCUGAAUUCGAGCGCCUCCAGCGUGCCGCCGCCGCCACUCUCAACUCUCACACCUCCAUCCCCUCGUCAAUCUCCAUUGAUCCGCUCGCCACCUCCCGACACGUCACCACCCCUUCGCCAGGGUCCAAUCCUCAGGCGCAAGUGCAAGAACCGCCUACGCUGCACAGAGCUCCUUCGCCAGUGGAUUUCGUGACCGCGGGAACAUUCAGCGGGGGCAUUCGCGGCGGUGCGCCGCCCGAAUUCGAGGGGGACAAGAAUCCCAAGACAGGGGAGAUCGGCGGACCGAAGAACGAGCCUUUGCGGUGGGGUCCAGAGGGGGAUUGGAGCUUUAAUGGGCGUGUGACGGAUUUUUGA